AGUUCAGUGCAAGAUGAGGCUCUGUAUUUUCACCUGUGCAAUUCUCAAUGCUUUGGUCUACACAGGAGCUGAAGUCAAACAUAAAGAGAUACACAUCAGUGACUGUUCUGAUACAAAGCAAGGGGAGGAUAUAUAUGGACUGGAUGGGGAGGAAAUGGCACAUGCAGACUACAGUAAAAAAGAAUAUGUGAUGACACUGCCUGACUUUGCAGAUCAAUUCAGAUAUGAAGAUGGAAUUUUUGACACAGCUGUUACCAACCAACAAGUCUGUAAACAAAACAUAGAUAUUUGGGUUAAGUCUUACAACAACCCCACUGAAGCAACAGCCCCCCCAGAGAACUCGAUUUAUCCUAAGGAUGAUGUGAUGCUCGGUGUGAAGAACACACUCAUCUGUUAUGUGACUGGAUUCUACCCUCCUGCACUCAGAGUAAAGUGGACAAGGAACAAUGAGGAUGUGACAGAGGGAACGACUCUUAGUCAGUUUCGACCCAAUGAUGAUAGCACCUUUACCAUAUUUUCCACACUGAGCUUCACUCCAGAGCAGGGGGACAUCUACACCUGCACAGUGGAGCAUCAGGCCCUGCCAGAACCCCUAACCAAAGUGUGGGAAGCAGAUUCUGAGAUUACUGUGCCCAGUAUUGGUCCAUCUGUGUUCUGUGGAGUGGGCUUGACUGUGGGGCUGCUGGGGGUAGCAGUUGGAACAUUCUUCCUUGUGAAAGGCAACAACUGUAGCUGACACUGCAGAUUUUUAUUUCCAGAUUUCCCUGCCUCCCGUGAGGUCUCAACAGCUGACAAAUGUUUCACAGUAGUGUUUGAAUGGCCAAGGCCUUUCCUCUUUGGGGGAAAUAAACAUUUUUCUUAUCAUUUCAA